AUGCCUUCAUUUAUCUCUAUUUGUAAGAUAUUACUAUUUCUAGUUAUUUUCCUGAGUGCAUUCCAACAUGUUGUGAUAGCCAGUGCCAGCGGGUCCAAAAAACUACAGAUCGGCGUAAAGAAAAGACCAACUGAAUGCCCAAUUAAAAGCAAGAAGGGGGAUAUACUGCAUAUGCAUUAUACAGGCACUUUGGAAAAUGGUACCGAAUUUGAUAGUUCUAUACCAAGAAACCACCCACUUACAUUUACUCUUGGCUCGGGUCAGGUCAUAAAGGGUUGGGAUCAAGGUUUAAUUGGUAUGUGUGAAGGGGAACAGAGGAAGUUGGUCAUACCACCAGAGUUAGCUUAUGGUGAGGCAGGAGCUCCACCAAGGAUUCCGAAGUCUGCAACACUUACAUUCCAUGUUGAUCUAGUCAAGAUUGAGCGGAAAGAUGAACUUUAA